AUGGGAAGCAAACUUAUAAAUGUUGAAGGAAGUAACAAUACAGAUGAGAAUAAAUAUAAUAGUAACAAUGUGUUAAACAUAAAUAAUAAAAUGAAUAAGAAUGAUUAUUUUAUAGAGACAAAUAAAGAAUUAAAAAUUAAUUUGAAUUUUCAAAAUAAUAAUAUAAUAUCCAAUAUUUUUUCAAAUAUUAAUGUAUAUGAUAAAUUAAGUAAUAUUUUUAUAAAUAAUAAAAAAACUUAUAUGUUAAAAUAUAAUAAUAAUAUAAAUGAAGAAAAUUUCUUUAUAUCAUAUUUUGAAAAAAAAAAUGAUAAUUUUGUUUCUAUAUCACCAUGGCAUAAUAUUGAUCUUAAAAAUGAUGAUGGUACUUAUAAUAUGGUUGUAGAAAUUUCAAAAUAUAAUUAUAUAAAAUUAGAAAUACAAUUAAAAGAAAAAUUUAAUAUUAUUAAACAAGAUAAAAAAAAAGGAAAACUUAGAUAUUAUCAUAAUUCCAUUUAUUGGAACUAUGGAGCAUUACCACAAACAUAUGAAUAUCCAAAACAUAUAUAUCAAAACAAAUCAAAAACAAAUAAUGAACCAUUAUUUUUUAAUGGAGAUAAUGAUCCAUUAGAUAUUAUAGAUAUUGGAAGUGUCUCUCUAAAAAUGGGUCAAGUAGUACCCGUCAAGAUAUUGGGAGCAUUCACACUAAUUGACGAAGGAGAACUGGACUGGAAAAUUAUUGCCAUAAACAAAGAAGAUAAACACUAUGAAGAUAUAAACUCCUUAAGCGACAUCGACAAAUACUAUCCACAUACUCUGAGUUUAUUACUUGAGUGGUUCAGAUCAUAUAAAAUGGCAGAUACAAAGAAAUUAAAUCUAAUAUCUAAACAAUUAUAUGACAAAAAAGAAAGUGAAGAACUUAUAACUAAAACGCAUCAUUAUUAUUUAGAGUUUCUACAAGAUGUAAAGAAAUUAAAAGAAGAACACAUUAAAGAGAAUAUUAAAGAGAAUAUUAAAGAGAAUAUUAAAGAACAUAUUAAAGAACAUGAUUAUACAAAUACACAAAAUGUACAAUCGAAUUAUGAUAAAUUAAAUAAUAAUGACGAUGAAAUUAUCGAUAAUAAUCUUCUGGAAGAUAUUAAUAUAACAUACUAUAAAUCUGAUAGUUCUUACAAGCCAGAUCUCAACAUAUGGACACCAUAA